UUCUAUGUAUAUAUACGUACAUAAUAGCGUAAAUUUAUGAGCAUACAUGUAAGACUCAAUAUAAUACAAAGUACAGAAGCAGACAGUGCCGGCCCCACUCUGGGCCCAAGGGGGAGCCUGGGGUCACAUUCCAAGAUGGCUGUGCCUGAGGAAUGCAGUGGGUGCCCUCCUAAGACGCUUUCCUCCCUCCUUUUUUAUUAAUCGGAUCAAUUCAUCUAUCCUAGCGAAUAUUUUGAUUAUACUAGGACAAAGUAGUUAAUUUCAACGUGUAUCCGGUGGAGCCCGAAGGUACGUCGGCCUUGGCUGCUGGAUCAAGAUCUUUGUUUUUAGAGACUGUACGUCGUAGCAAUGCAGCAUGUCAAAAUGGUGAUUAUGCUCUUGCUGCAAGCUUGUAUACAGAAGCUCUUGCUUUGGAUCCACUCAGCCAUGUGCUAUAUUCAAACAGGUCAGCUGCCCGGCUCAAAAUGGGUUUAUUUGCACUUGCUCUUCAAGAUGCAGUUAGAGCUACUGAACUUAGCCCUCAAUGGCCAAAGGCAUAUUACCGUCAAGGAGUAGCCUUACAAUGUUUAGGAAGACAUGGAGAGGCUCUUGUGGCCUUUAGUACAGGUUUGGCACAUGAUCCUUCUAAUUGUCAACUUUUGUCUGGUCUUGUGGAAGCAUCUUUAAAAUCACCAUUGCGAGCAACAUUAGAACCAACAUUUCAACAACUACGUGCAAUGAAACUUGAUGAAUCUUCUUUUGUUGUCAUCUCUGUUGUUGGUCAAGAACUUCUUGGAGCAGGACAAUAUAAAGCAGCAGCUGGUGUAUUAGAAGCUGCUCUAACUAUUGGUUCUUGUAGUUUAAAAUUACGAGGUUCUGUAUUUUCUGCUCUAUCUAGUGCAUAUUGGGCAUUAAAUUCUUUAGACAAAGCUAUCAAUUAUAUGCAACAAGAUUUAGGUGUCGCACGAUCUUUAGGAGAUACACAGGGUGAAUGUCGAGCUCAUGGAAAUUUGGGCUCGGCAUAUUUUAGUAAGGGCAGUUUUAAAGAAGCUUUAACAGCACACAGGUAUCAAUUGGUUUUAGCUAUGAAGUGCAAAGAUACUCAGGCUGCAGCGUCUGCUUUAACUAGCCUGGGUCACGUUUAUACAGCUAUUGGUGAUUUACCAAAUGCACUUGCAUCUCAUAAACAAUGUGUACAAUUAGUAAAACAAAUGGGAGAUCGACUUCAAGAAGCUCGAGAAAUAGGAAAUGUAGGAGCAGUUUAUUUAGCAAUGGGAGAAUUUGAAAGUGCUGUUGAUUGUCAUACACAGCAUUUGAGAAUAGCAAGACGCUUGGGAGAUCGUGUAGAAGAAGCAAGAGCUUUCAGUAAUUUAGGUUCAUCUCAUCAUUAUCGUAGAAACUUCGGUCAAGCAAUGGCUUAUCAUGAAAAUGUUUUAAGAAUAGCUCAAGAACUCGGUGACAGAGCAAUAGAAAUGAGAGCUUAUGCUGGAUUGGGUCAUGCUGCAAGAUGUGCAGGCGAUCUUGCACAAGCGAAACUGUGGCACCAAAGGCAACUUGAUGUUGCUUUAGCUACAAAGGAUAAAGUUGCUGAAGGACGAGCAUGUAGUAAUUUAGGUAUAGUUUAUCAAUUACUUGGUGAACACGAAGCAGCACUUAAAUUACAUCAAGCUCAUUUAGGAAUUGCUAGAUCAUUAGGAGAUAAAGCUGGUAUGGGUAGAGCAUAUGGAAAUAUUGGAAAUGCUUAUAAUGCAUUAGGAUAUUAUGAACAAGCUAUUAAAUAUCAUAAACAAGAAUUAACAAUAAGUAAAGAGGUCAAUGAUCGUAGUUCAGAAGCUAGUACACAUGGGAAUUUAGCAGUAGCAUAUCAAGCUGUACAGGGUCAUGAAGCAGCAUUAAGACAUUAUAGAGCUCAUUUAGCUAUAGCACGCGAAUUAAAAGAUACAGCUGGUGAAGCAUGUGCAUUACUCAAUCUUGCCAAUUGCUUAUCAUCCCGUGGCAGAUUUGAAGAGGCCGUUCCAUAUUAUGAAAAUUAUCUUAUGUUAUCUCAGGAGUUACAUGAUGUUGAAGGAGAAGCUAAAGCAUGCCAUUUCUUAGGUUAUGCUCAUUAUUGUUUAGGCAAUCAUCGUGAAGCUGUUAGAUAUUAUGACCAAGAUUUAGCGUUAGCUAAAGAUUUACAAGAUAAAUCUGGGAUGGGUAGAGCUUAUUGUAAUUUGGGAUUAGCACAUUUAGCUCUUGAAAAUUUAGAUACUGCACUAGAAUGUCAAAAAUAUUAUUUGGCUAUUGCGCAUAUGACUAAACAUUUAGCUGGAAAAUUUCGUGCUUUGGGAAAUAUUGGUGAUUGUCUUUUACGUCUUGGUGAAGCUGAAGAAGCGAUAAAAAUGCAUCAACGACAAUUAAAUUUAGCACGACAAGCAGGUGAUCGCAGUUUAGAAGCUGCUGCUUAUGGAGCUUUAGGUAUUGCACAUCGGACAAUAAAAAAUCUUGAUAAAGCAUUAGGAUUUCAUACUCAAGAACUAACUUUAAGACAAGAAGCUAGUGAUUUACGUGGCGAAUGUAGAGCUCAUGGGAAUUUAGGAGCAGUCCAUAUGGCACUAGGUCAAUACACUCACGCAGUAAAAUGUUAUCAGGAACAACUUGAAAGAGCAAAAGAAUUAGCAGACUCAGGGGUUGAAGCGCAAGCUUUAGGAAAUUUAGGAAUAGCUAGACUUAACAUGGCACAUUAUGAAGACGCAAUUGGAUACUUUGAACAGCAGUUAGCAACUUUGGAACCAUUAACCACAGGCACAGCUCUACUGAAUAAAGCUAGGGCACUUGGUAAUUUAGGUGAUUGUUAUGAAGCUUUAGGAGAUCCAGAAGAAGCUAUCAAAUGUCAUGAGCAACAAUUAGCAGCUGCUACAAAAUUAAAAAGUAUUAGAGAACAAGAACGAGCAUAUCGAGGUUUAGGUCGAGCUCGGGAAGCAACUGGAAAUUUACAAGACGCUCUGGUUUGUUUUGAAAAAAGAUUAGUGGCUGCACAUGAAGUUGAUAGUCCAGAAUCGAGAGGCGCAGCUUAUGGAGAUUUAGGUCGAGUACAUGCUGCAUUAGGUAACCACGAACAAGCUGUUAGUUGUUUAUCACAUCAAUUAGCUCUUGCUAGAGGACUUGGAGAUAAAGCUGCUGAAGCAGAAGCUGCUAGUGGAUUAGGGGCUGUUCAUUUAUUAAUGGACGAUCCAAAUUCUGCAUUACGACAUCAUCAAUUGGAACUUUCAAUUGCCGAAGCUUUAGAUGCAGCUGGAUUACAAGCUAGAGCUUGUGCAAAUUUAGGUGUGACUCAAGAAGCUUUGGGACAAUUUGAAGAAGCAAUAAGAUUACAAGAACAAUCAUUGAGUCUUGCAGCAGCAGCUGGAGAUCAACCUGCAAGAGCAGCUGCAUUUUCCAGUUUAGGUCGACUUCAUCACUUAUGUGGUGACUUAUCACGAGCUUUGAGUUACUUACAAUCUGGAUUAUCGUUAUCUGAAGGAUUAGGAAGAAGAGAAGAAGCAGCUAGAUUAAGACACAGACUUGGUCUUGUUCAUUGGGAAGCAGGAGAAGCAGUUAUUGCUGUUGAGCAUUUAGAGAAGGCGGCAAAUUUAUUAGAAUCAUUAGAUGGUAUUUCUUCAACUCUUAUUUGUGGACAGCCAAACAAAUUUGAAUUAUUAUCAGAAACAUAUAGAAUGUUACAAAAAGUACUAAUCAGUUUAAAUAGAGCUGAAGAAGCUCUAAAUUGGGCAGAAAGAUCGAGACGAACCAAAAGUAAUUGUUUGGAUGAUGCUGCGCAUUAUUCCGAAAUUAUUGAUAGACAACGUGGAGUUAUUUUAUAUUAUAGUGAAGUAGGAUGUGAAUUACAUUCUUGGUGCUUAGCUCCUGGCCGAGGAUUAUUACGAUUUCAUUCUACUAGUUUGGAUGAUGGUAUAGGAUUAGAGAAACGAGUUUUGCAAGCACGAGAAGCUCUUUUAGAUGAAACAAAUGAACUUGUUGAAGAAACGAAAAUACCAUCAAGAGGACAUCUUAAUGCUAGUUCAUACAGUCUGAGCAGUCUGUUUAGUGUGGGUUCAGUUAGUUCACGAGCAGGAAGUGCUCGAUGGGGGCGAGGAACCAAAGGACCCACAUGGCAAUCACCAUUGCCAAUUCAAGUACUUUACGAUUUACUUUUAGCGCCUUUUGAAGAUCUUUUGCCACCAGCAAGAAAGGAAUUAAUUAUGGUAGUGGAGAAAUCAUUAUAUUUGGCACCACUUCCAGCUUUACAAUCAAACCCUGGAGAAGAUUAUUUAUGUGAAAGAUUUUCUUUAUUAGUAGUACCGUCUCUUGCAGCUUUAAAAAAGCGAUCAAAGACUCCUAUACCAGAAGGAGGUGCAACAGUAGCUGCGCUAGUUGCUGGAAAUCCUGUUCUUCCUGAAGAAAUUAGGGAAGAAUAUAGAUGGUCUGAAAGUGUUGCUUCUACUGAAACAGAAUCUGAAAUUGUUGCUGAAUUAUUAGAAGCCCGUGCUUUAACUGGGACAGAAGCAACGAGAUCAACUGUUUUAAGGUCUUUACCUGAUGCAGAAUGUGUACAUUUAACAGUACCAGUUUUUUGGAAUUCUGCAAGUUUAGCAUUAACUGCAGAUCCUUGUGAAGAUCCUUCUGUAAGACCAGAAUAUUUGCUAAGCUACUCAGAUAUUACAAAACUAAGAAUAGCUGCUCGUUUAGUUGUAAUAUCUAGUGGCCACGGAUGGAAUAGUACAGAAAAUACGACUGCUACGUCAGACGGCGUACAAAAUUUAGCUAAAGCUUUGUUAAAUGCAGGAGCACAAUGUGUACUAAUAGGAAUGUGGGCAGUUCCACCUACAGCUGGUAGCAUAUUAUUACGAGCAUUUUAUAGUGCUAUGUUACAAGGUGCUAGAGCAUCAAGAGCAUUGGCAGAAGCUAUGCAAACAGUUCAACAUACAAGACAUUUCGCGCAUCCUGCAAAUUGGGCUGGUUGGUUACUUAUUGGAGGAGAUGCAAGAUUGUCAAACAAGGUUGCUUUAAUGGGACAAGCAUUGGCUGAAUUACUACGUGGUGGUCCUGAACAAAGUCGUGAUGCAUUACGUGUAACGCUUCAUUUAGUAGAAAAAUCAUUACAGCGAAUACACCGUGGACAAAAAAAUGCUAUGUACACAACUCAGCGUAGUAUAGAAAAUAAAGUGGGAGCAGCCACUGGUUGGCGAGAACUUUUAAUGUCAGUAGGUUUUAGAUUUGAACCUGCUGGAAACGGAAUACCAUCUUCUGUAUUUUUUCCACAAAGUGAUCCAGAAGAAAGAUUAACAAGAUGUAGUGCAAGUUUGCAAGCAUUAUUGGGAUUGGGACCGUCAUCAUUGCAUGCACUUGCUAGAUUGUUGCAAGUGCCAGAAGCAGCAGAAGAUGUCAUUGCUGCGAUGAGAAGAGCUACAUGUGCAACAGAAGGUCAAGAAGUUACAUUACCAGUACAAGUAUGGAGAGCAUCAGGAUCUCACGAAUUAUUUGCAAGUUUGGGUUUUGAUCUCAUGGAAGUUGGUCAAUCAGAAGUCACAUUAAGAACAGGAAAACAAGCAUCACGAAGAGCUGUCCAAUUUGCUCUUCAAGCUCUUUUAGCUUUAUUUGAUACCCAAGAAGCACCUAAAAGUUUGACGUUAGAUUCUAGUAGUUCAAUGGAAAGUUUAGCUUCUGUUACUCAUAUUGAAAAAAAUGUCAUAGAACGGCCUAGAUUAGGAGGUGCAUUUGCAAAUUAUGUUCGACAUCGAGGUGAACCUGAUGGGAAAACUAUGGAACCACCAAAUGUUCCAAUUCCUACAUCACGACAACCAUGUCAAAAUAGUGGAGGUGAAUCAGAUGUUGCUUUCACUCCUAGUCCUCCUGUAGCACUCAAUUUGAAUCAUCAAACACGUAUCAGAAAUCUUUACCCAGAUCAAAGUAUAAGACCAGGAUCUAGUUCAAGUAGUUCAGUAACAGAUUGGGAUAACGGUCAUGCAACAGUUUUAAGGCGACAACCAUUACCACCUUUGCCAGCAACAGUACUAGAAAGAUUAAGCGUACGAACAGAAAUUGGAUCCAAUUCUCCAAGAAAACCUCGUCAUCCUACAACAACUGAUGAUAUUUGUUCUCAGGCUGAUUCUACACAACCUGCAGAAACACAUAAUCAAAAUUUAAGAAACGUAGCCACAUCACUCACUAGUUUAACACGUGAAUUAACGCCUACAAUUUCAGAUGUAUACCAUGAGCGAAAUUUAGGAUUAGGAUUAGCACCAUCUUUGUCAAAAUUAUUGGAAGAAGUAGGUUCUGUGACCGGAAAUGAAGAAAAUCAAUCAACGCGAACAAAUCAUAAUCAAACUCAAAAUUGGAUGCCAAACGAAGAAUUAUGUCGAAGAGAUGAAGCUGAUGGUAGAUCUAUUGCUGAAUCACAAUGUAGUGCUACCAGCUCUAACAAAAUACAUCGGAAAGCACCUCCUCCUCCAGUGUAGAUUAUUUAUAUACUAUUUAUAAGCAUUAAAUGAAAAUAAUCUUAAAUGAAAGUAAUAGCACGAGGUACCAAAGAAUGGAAGAUAUUUUAUUGGAAACAAAUUUUUAAUUUUUUGCGAUUCGAGCUGGGAAUAAUUUACAAUUGCUUAUCUUAUUGCAAUAUGACUCUAAUUGUGCACUUUUUGCAUAAUAUAUUUCCCAAUAUACAUAUCAAUAAAUGCCAUUUACUUACACUGAUAAUAAAAUUUAAUAUUAACAAACUACAUAUAAUGGCACCUAAUGCUAUACCCGUGUUUCUUAAUACAAGAAUGUAUUAUAUUACCAUUAAAAUGGAGAUUGUUCUUGUAUGUUAUAUUUAAAUUGAUUAAAUGAAAUUUAUUAUUUUAUAUAAAGUACGAUCAGUGACUGAAGUAAUAUUUCAAAUUAAUAUUGAAAUUUGUAUAAACUAUUAAACUAAAAGAUUAUACUUUUUCAUUUUUUUCUAAAAAUUACUUGUAUAUAUUUAUACUUACAUCAUCGACAAAAUAUAAAAUUAUUGUACUU